CAGAUCCCAGCAAAUAAGCACAUAUUAAACUUCCCAUAAGUAGCAGUGCAGCAGGAGAAGAUUAUUCAGAUUCCUCUAGAUCUCUCGCCAUGAACCGGCUCACAACCGCGAUUUUCUGGCUGGCAUGCAUUAACUUCGCCUCUUCGACUUGCUGCACUUCUGCGGCGACUCUGCACUUCAAGAUCCGUGGCGGAGUCUGUGGAAUAGUGGGUGCGAAAAGCAAUGGCACUGGCUGCAAGAUCACCAUCUGCCCCAAUGGAGAGGCUCUCGUGGGAAGCUAUUGUGGCAAGGCGGCGUGCGAUGUAUUUGGCUGCCAAUGCAUUAGGGGCUGCCUUCAAGGAUCUUUUGCCAAGGACUUUCUGCAAAAGAACUACAUACACGGCAUCGAGUUGCUGGGCACAGAGAGGACCGAGCUGUGCUUUCUGUGCCAAUACAUACCUAAGAAGAUUGAAUUUGAAAUAAAUUAAAGAGCGGAACCCUUUCAAUUGAAAAUCGAGUC